UGCUCUUCCUGUCUACUGCUAUGCUCCAUACCCGUGUGUAAGAUGUGCGAUGUAGUAUCCCAUUCCAAUCUCACACCCCUCCCCCCUCUCCCUUGCCCUUGAUCCUCUCGUCCCACCCCCGUAGUUAUCCUCCCCCCCCAGUCUGUCACUCUUCGCCGUAUGGAGAGACUCCUCUGCCUAGGUAGGUCGUUUAUCUAUGUCUUUCUCUCGCCCACACCGUCUUGCGCAUACAGUGGUCCAGACCUUGCCAUCUAUCAUCUGGGACCCGUCUCUCCUAAUUACCCUAGCCUCCCGUUCAGAAGCGUGCGCACACUAUUCGUACGCCUUGCUCCAGCGGGUCCUCUUUUCCUUCUUCCAGACCUCUUUUACCUCUCCUCCCGCCCUUCCCCUCCAGCUCUUUUUCUUCUCUUCCGUUUUUCCAGCUCACGUCACCAAUCUGGAUCGCCCGUCUGUCUGUUUUUUCGGUUUUCUCGCGGCAGAUAUUCCCAUCGAUAGCUUUCCCGAUCACCUGCCGGUCCUAUGAUCGUGUCACUCGCUCAGAAGCACUCCUAGCUGCUAUCUUUAGUACUCGUGUUUUGUUAUCUUCUUCCCUAUGCCGGCUUUCACUUGAGAACGUCGCCUUUCCUAGCCAGCAUACCUUUUGGUAUCGUCGAGCUCUCGCCUGA